UCCAUGUAUUUCAAAAAUACCUAAAUAAAAUAGCAACACUAUUAUUUCAGAAACUACCACGUAGGGAAUGGUAAAAAUGUCUGCAAUAUUUUCAAUUAUUUGUAUUGCAAGUUUAUGUUUCAUAAACGAAGUUAAAUCAUAUAGUAAUGGCGACAUCCCCUGGGUAGUUUGUAAAAGCAUGAUUCCAGGACAUUCGAACCAGUCGCAACCGACGUCUACAUCCAUUUACGGAAUCUAUUUCGAUUCUAAUUUAUUCAUUCCACACCACCCGAUAAAAGUGCAUCUUUCGGGGUUACCAGAAAACAUUCUAGGAUUCUACUGUCAAUCGAGAAACCCUGGCAACGACAGUGUUCCAGUCGGUCACUUUAUAAAUAUCGAAGCUCUCGACAAUGUGCGUGGUCAUGACUGUUUCAAUGCGUCUCUACCGUCUAUGCCCGGAUCUCACACAACAGUAAGUCACAGUUGGGCCUGGACUCGAAAUCCGUCGCUGCAUCUUGCUUUAGAUUGGAUGACAACUGAUGAUGAUCUAGAAAAAUUCAAAAUCAGAUGUACAUUUGUGCAAACGAGAACUGUGUUUUGGGUUGGAAUUGAAAGUCGUUUUGUGACGUCGUUACCAAAUAAAUCAGCAGAAGAUUGUUGUGAAGCUGAUCAUAUUUAUGAUACUUGUGAACCACUAUGCAGGCAUGCCUCAGAACCACCAGAUUCUUUUCACGAAGCAAAAAAAAUUCUACAAGGAUCAAAUGAAACAUCGUGUAACUUUGAAGAAGCACUGCUUGCUAUUCGCUGUUCUUAUUGGUCCAAAUUUGACGAUGAAAAUGACACAGAAUAUGAUCAAAAAGAAAUAGAAAACUGCUGUUUUCGCAUUGGUAUAUCUCUCAGAUGUGCGACUUAUUGUAUUAGCAAAACAUACGCAAGUAUGAAUGUGGAUGAAGCAGAAUUUCAAGAUUGUAUAAGAGAAAAUCCACAACUAUCAUCAUGUAUUAUACAUCCAGGUAUAGUCAGAAAUAAACCUUGCUUUGGAUCCUUAUAUAUCGGUGAUUAA